UGGUUAAUGCAGCAACAUAACGCAUCCAGCAGUCAUGUCAUUGAAGUGGCUCUUGUUCGUUGCCCUAGUGGCACUACUCAGCAUUGGAACUGGCACCUCGGCCAAGCCGAGGAGCACCCACAUACAGGCCAGGCCUGGUCCAGAGCAGUUGAGUCGUCUUCAGCGUUUGAAUGCCAGGUACUAUGCCAUUCAGCAGGACGAAGAGGAUGGCGAUGACAUUCUGGAGCACGAGGAGGAUCUAGGCGACGAUGCUGAUGAAGAUGAGGAUGGUCAGGAAACCAAGGAUGAGGAGGAGGAAGAGGAGGAAGACAAGGAAACCAAGGCUAAGGAGGAGAAACAAAAAUUGGAUCACAAAAGGUUGACCUCUAACACCGCAUCCACCAAGACAAAGACUGAAGUGAAGCACCAAGAGGAGCAUGAGGAAGAGCCCACCGAUGAACUCCAGGAGUCCGAGGACGCAGAUGGAGAGGAACCGGUGGAGAUAGUUCAGUAUCGAGAAGCCGAGCCACGCAAUCGCCGGCGAGGUGGCAGACGUAAAGGCAGUCGCAAGGGGCGUGGCAGGAAGAACCGCAGGAAGGCCAACCGCAGGUGCGGCGGCAAGGGCAAACGCGGUCGUCGCGGCCAACGCAGACGUUCUCCAUCAAAGCGAAGCGGCACCAAGCGGCGUACAGGCUCCAAAGCCAAAGGACAGGGCCAAAAGAAUCAAACAGCCAACAACAAGCCGACUGUAGUGCCAUCCACAAAGGUGGCUUAAAGCCUUCAAGACUUCUACCGAUAAAUGCAGCUUUAAAACUCAUUUAAAUAACAACCAAACUCUAAAUAAACUUUUAUAAAAAAACAAAAAAA